GAACUUUCCCGAAGCCUGCGAGCGGUGGGAGCAGAUUCUCCGGGACCACCCCACGGACAUGUUGGCCCUCAAGUUCUCCCACGACGCCUACUUCUACCUGGGCUACCAGGAGCAGAUGCGAGAUUCUGCGGCCCGAGUCUACCCCUUCUGGACGCCCAGCGUCCCCCUGAGCAGCUACGUGAAAGGCAUCUACUCGUUCGGGUUGAUGGAAACCAACCUCUACGACCAGGCGGAGAAGCUCGCCAAAGAGGCGUUGUCUGUGACCCCCACGGAUGCGUGGUCGGUGCACACUGUGGCCCACAUUCACGAGAUGAAGGCGGAGGUCAAGGCCGGGCUGGACUUCAUGCAGCGCUCGGAAGCCCACUGGAAGGGCUCGGACAUGCUUGCUUGUCACAAUUACUGGCACUGGGCUUUGUAUCUGAUUGAAAAGGGCGAGUAUGAGGCCGCGCUGACCAUUUACGACGACCACGUAAGUCCCUGUUUGCACACGGUUCGGUUUAUUGCGGCAAUUUGGCUUUUAGUCUCUAGACCUUUGAGCCCAUCACGGCUGCCCCGGCCAGAAACAACCGACCGCUGGAGCGGAACAGUCUGUGUCAGACCCGGUCAAUGUCCCUGGGCCGCGUGGCGGGGUGAAGACG